UCGAGGACAGGCAAGGCUACAAGACUACAAAAGAUCAGUUCUUCGAUAGAGAAGCAUCAGUUUUGCGUUGGUCUUGCCAGCUUGCAUUAAUUGUGCAUUGUCACGUGGAUUUCUUUUAUUGAUAGUGCGAUUUAAUUGUGUGUUGCCGUACCGGAUUAUCUAUACAGGACACAGGUCGCGUGGGACAUAAACUGUACCUAACUGAAACUUUAGGCUGUGGGUGUGUGCGCAAUGGCCAUGUGUUUUGCGCCACCGUGCUAGGAGAAAGCAGACACUUUCCGCCCAGUCACCGAACAGCUCUACGGACGUUACGACCCUCGAUGGAGCUACAGUAAUCAUAUCCAGAAUAAUAAAAGAUUAGAAGAAAAGUGUCAAUUGAAGAGGAUAAGAAGAAUAUUUAUCUGGGGGACACAGGUCACAGAGAGAGAACCGUUUCCUGCUAGCAGCCUGUGUGUUCUCCUGUCAAGUGACAGUUCCUGUGACCAACCACAGAGGCCAGAGCACAGCAUGAUGGUACAGACGUCCCCCUGUGCCCUCCUCUUCUGGGGGCUGUUAGGGUGUGUGUGGGUACUGCCAGUCCUGAUUGCCCCGUCGUCACCAACGCUGUGUACCUCACUGAGGACUCUGAAUACCAACCUCACACAACGGCGACGCUACAUGAAACAUAAUUUUCCAAUCAAUUAUACUAUCCGGGUUCAUUAUGAGGAGGUCUUCAAACCUCGGAACAUAACUCGACUGAAGUCACAAGUAGAAGGGUUAGAGGACAAAGACCUCCAGGAGGUGUGGCUGUUGGUGAACAAGGAAGUUCUCAAGCACAUUCUCCGUGUCCUCCCUGAGCGUCACCCGUCGUAUCGCUACACGUUUAGCCUGCAAGACCUUUUCCUGAAGGUGCAGCAGAUGCUGCCCUCCCCUGAUGAGUGGGAGCCACCGGAACGUAUCCAGGAGAUAUGUGACAGGAUAAAGGACCCUGACUAUCCUGGCUGGACAUUCAUCACACCCAAGUCUCUGCUGGACAACUUUUACCGCUCCAUGCGCUGCCUGUUCUCCGACUGCUUCUCCAUCCAGUACCCUGAGGAACUUAACUAUUGUAAUGUUUCUCAUUGGCUAAGGCACAAGAGCGAGCACCAGACAUGAGGGGGGUGGUGUUACACUGUUCCUCGUCUCCAGUGCCUAUGGUUCCCUCUAGUGACCGCGUAAGGGCUCAUAACCGUUACCUCCACUUAACAAUCAACCAGUACGCAGCAUCAUGUUCACCAUCGUCUUUGUCCUCCUCACCAUCAUUCCUCGUAUUGAUGUUCCUCGCACCUCUCCAGAGACAAAGCUCUCACCUGUAUUUAUCAUAUGAAAGUCUGUCUUAUCCAAUGUACAGUCAGUGUAUUUUCAAGGUGAAUUCUUAAUCAGAAAUUUACUGCAGUUGGUUAUAUGCUUAACAAGAGAUAAUUAAUGACUUGCAGUCCUUUUAUUUUUUUGGUCAACCAAUGGUGUUUGCUAUUCAGGGAACAAUUGUUUUUCAUCGCUAAUCUUGAUCAAAGCAAUGCAAUUUUUAUAGAAGUAAGCUUGUUUAUGUUUUAAAUGUGUUCAUAUUUUGAUGAAGCAGCAAUGUAAUCAUGUGUUUUGACUCUUUGUUUUUAGAGCUUACAUACAUAUGUUGCACUGACUUGCUGGAUAAGUUAGUGAAUGAAUGCCAAAACAGAUUCCUGGGAUAGGAGAGAGUUGAGCUUGAGCUCCAUCACCCCUAAAGUUCGAGGAUCUGAGAGAUACUACACCUUGUCAGUAUUAGGAGUUGGAUUGUGGCUUAACAUAAAAUGGAAUGUUUUUAUACAUGAGAUUUAGAUUGUUAUAAUAUUGACGUUAUUUAUUUAGGCUUAUUAUGUGUUAUGCUUAUUGUAUAUGACAAAAUUCUAAAAAGUGUUUUACUGUUUACCAAUUGUGUUCAUUGUAAUGCUUACAGUUACUGUCCGACAUUAUUGAACCUUAACCAUGAUCUUAUGAGUGACGCAUUGGUGUGUUUGUCAAUUAAUAAAAAGCAUUGCGCAACGCUAAGCUGAUGCAUAAAUAAGCAA